AUCAGUCUCGCAAGUUGCUUGGACCCCCUUCGAGGAGCCCGCCUUCGACCGCCCUUCUAUGGGCUGGCCCCGCCGGACCACCUGUCCAUGGCCAGUUCCUUACUGCUCCAUAACAAAGACGCGCGAUUGCAGUUUCGAGCGAUACUUCACAAACGAGAACGGGAGCUGCAAGCGCUCCGCGUACUCCUGAAUUCAAGUGCUGCUAUCAACAAACUCCCGCAGGAGUUGCUCGUCGCGAUCUUCCGGGAGCUACAAAUCCAGCACACGGACUGGUUCGACGUCCUCCGAGUCUGCAGGCAUUGGUUCGUGGUCGGGUCGACGGCUGCCACUCUCUGGCAGACCCUUUGGGUCAGCGACAGCACCAAUCUCUUGCGCACGGGGCUCGCUCGCUCUCGAGCCGCUGAAGUGGAGAUAGUGAUCACCAAAUUCCUCUCCCACCACUUCCCCGAAGUCACUGCCCUCAUUACAAGCCACCUACACCGCGUGCACAACCUCGAGCUUGGGUCAGUACCCAGGAGUUGUAUGCCCGCCUUUACCGACAUCAUGCGACGCGAUAUGCCCGCCCUCCGUACUCUCCAAGUGUACUUUGACACGCUAGAAGGCGAGGACAUAGCCCUCGAACUUCCCCCAGCGCGUUUCCCCCGCCUUACGGGCGUUCUCAUCGCGAAUAUCCAGAUUCUCGCCACCCCCGCCAUUGUCUCACAGCUGCGCGAGAUCGUGAUCCUCGUCUGCCGCGGUAGUAGUACACCUAUCACGACAGCAACGUUCGUCCACGCCAUACGCGCGAUGCGGAAUGUCAAGGUGCUUCACUUGAGAGACGUAUACGCAUGCGACGCCGGGAGCGCUCCGACCCUUCCAGCCAUGGACAAGGUUGGCUUGGACCAGCUCCACAAGCUCGUCGUCCGCACACACGCGUCGCUGGUCCAGGCGAUGCUUUCGGCGGUCAUUAUCCCUGUGACGGCGAACGUAUCCUUCACCUGUCUGGUUUCCGACGCACCCCAGGCAGACGGUUCAAAUACCCUGCAAGCGGUCAUCCCGGACGACACAGAGUGCCUUCCUAUCCUCUCCGAAGUAGUAGAAGUGUUCGUCACCUCCGCUUUGGACAACAGGGACUGCGAGCUAGCAGGAUACACUACACCCGACAAUCGAUCAGAAUACGAAAGGAGCGAAGGUCGACGCCCGUCCUCCGACAUCGAUUUCCGCCUCCGCAGGCGCGAAGAUGUGAACGAGAGCGACUUCUGGCUCCCGCUAGGCCUGCGCCACCUUACCUACAUCUUCCCCCGCGGGCGUGCGCCACUACAGUCUCUGAUCAUACACACUGCGCCCGCGGUCAUCCUCGCCACCGACUGGCCGGCCCUCUUCUCCACGUACCCGGCGUUGCGCACGCUGCAGCUGAUCGUGUCCGACGAAGAGGACGCGCCCUGUGCCAGCAUGAUCUUCGCUGCGCUGUCCCCCCGGAGCGCGGCGGACUCGGAGACGGACGCGCACGGUGUACUCCAGAUCGGCGGCGCAGAGGAUGCGGACACGAUUCCCUGCCCGAAUCUGCGGCGUCUGACCCUCGUCGGGCUGUCCGUCUCGGACCCGGAUCUGCUUGUGGCCACCGCGGGGGCGUACCUGGAGAGUCGGAAGCGCGUGCUGGGCGCGUCGGAGGGACGGAUGGAUAGGGUCGUGGUGAUUUUGAAGGACCACAAUGACGAGGCCCAUUUUGACGCGGUGCAGGCGUCCUUCGAGGAGAGGCUGGCGCCGCUGGUUGACUGUGUGGCUUAUCGGACAAGCGAUACACAUUAUUGGGAUUAGAUGGUAUAUAUAUGUUUGUAUGCACCUGGUACAUGCGGAAGCUCUUCCGAGCUGCGCAGCCUCAAAUUGGAGUCCAUAUCGACC